AUGACUGAAGUAUAUGUUCCAUUACCUCAAGCUGCUGGUUACGCAGUAGUAGUAGGGUUGGGAGUUGUAUUUGCUGCUGGUAUGAUCUUAACUACGUUUGUUUUAAGAAGAUACAAUAAAGAGAUAAUCACUGCUGAAGAGUUCGCUACGGCAGGUAGAUCAGUUAAGAAAUCGUUGAUUUCUGCUGCCGUGGUGAGUUCGUGGACAUGGGCUGCAACUCUUUUAACAUCAACCACACAAACUUAUAAUAACGGUAUUAGUGGUUCAUUCUAUUAUGCUGCCGGAGCCACAUGUCAGAUUGUGCUAUUUGCAUGCCUUGCUAUCAAGGCAAAAGAGAGGGCACCAGGAGCACAUACGUAUCUUGAAAUUGUUAAAGCCAGAUAUGGUAGCGGUGCACAUGGAGUUAUGUUGUUCUUUGGCCUUGCUACAAACGUUUUAGUUACAGCCAUGUUAUUAAGCGGAGGCAGUGCUGUUGUUAGUGAUUUAACUGGAAUGAAUACAGUUGCCGCUUGCUUAUUAUUGCCAUUGGGCGUAGUGGUUUAUACGUUAUUCGGUGGUAUCAAGGCAACUUUUUUGACAGAUUAUGCGCAUACAGUCGUUAUCAUAGUUAUUAUUAUGGUGUUUUCUUUCAGUGCGUUUGCAACUUCGGACAAAUUAGGAUCGCCAGCAGUUGUUUGGGAGGCAGUUACUAAAUUGGCUGAAACUCAGCCAAGAGAAGGUAAUGCUGGUGGGUCUUAUUUAACUAUGCACUCAAGAUCUGGAGGUAUUUUUUUCGUUAUUAAUAUUGUCGGAAAUUUUGGUACAGUCUUUUUAGACAAUGGGUAUUUCAAUAAAGCUUUCGCAGCGGACCCUUCUGCAACUUUGCCAGGUUAUGUUUUGGGAGGAUUAGCAUGGUUUGCAAUCCCAAUGCUAACUUCAACAUGUUUGGGUCUUGUAGGGUUGUCGUUAGAAAACACUGAAUAUUGGCCUACAUAUCCUAAUAAAUUAACUCCAGAACAAGUGAGUGCUGGUUUGGUAUUACCAAAUGCUGCAGUUGCAUUAUUAGGAAAAGGAGGUGCUGUUUGCUCAUUGUUGUUGGUGUUUAUGGCUGUAACCUCGGCAAUGUCUGCAGAAUUAAUUGCGGUUUCCACUAUCUUCACAUACGAUAUUUUCAGGACCUACGUGGAUCCAAAAGCCAGUGGUAAAAAGUUGAUCUUCAUGUCCCACAUGUCGGUGAUAGCAUUUGCCUAUGUGAUGGCAGGUUUUGCAAUCGGUUUGUACUAUGCUGGAAUUUCUAUGGGAUACUUGUAUGAGUUAAUGGGUAUAAUAAUCGGAGGAGCCGUGCUUCCCUCUACUCUUACGUUACUUUCCAGAAAGCAAAACAAACAAGCUGUCAUCUUCACGCCAAUCUUAGCUACUGGAUUUGCCAUUUUCUCUUGGUUACUCUGUACAAAAAUGAAGUUCAAGACUGUUACUGUUGAUACUACGUUUGAAGACGAUUCGAUGUUAACAGGAAAUGUGGUUGCAUUAUUAUCUCCAUUGGUCUUCAUUCCAAUCUUUACUUAUGCUUUCAAACCGCAAAACUUCGACUGGAACAUUUUAAAGGAAAUCAAGAGGGUUGAUGAAGAAGAAGAGAUCGCUGAAGCUACCGAGGGGAAACAUACAAACUCUGGUGAUUUUGAAAAUGUUCAUCCUGCAAAAUCCCAAAUCAGUAUUGUAGCUAGCGAACUUGCAGAAUUGAAAACGGACCAGAUAGAAAUUGAAUCUAAAAUGCUCAAUAAAUCAUUCAAGAAGGCUGUCAUCAUAUGUAUUUCCUUAACGCUAUCUCUUGUCAUAUUAUGGCCUAUGCCAAUGUACGGCUCGUCAUACGUCUUUUCCAAAAAGUUUUUCACGGGAUGGGUUGUGGUGCUUAUUAUCUGGAUCUUCUUUUCUGCUUUCUUGGUUGUUGUAUGUCCAUUAUGGGAGGGAAGAGAAGGUAUUUAUAUAACCAUGAGAGGUAUUUAUUGGGAUUGUACUGGUCAAACGUACAAAUUACGAGAAUGGCAAAAUUCUAAUCCUGAAAAGUUACAUUCUGUCAAUUCGCAAAUCAGUGCACACGUACUCAACUUCAACCAAAUCCAUAUAGUAGAUGGUAAAACCCUCGAUGACGGCUAUAGAACACCAAGACAAAUUGACGACAUAAUAGAUGACACCAAAAAGGAAUGA